AGCGCGGCGCGCGGCCGCGGCGGCGAUUGUCGUCGUCGCGCAAGGACCAGUGGGGCGGCGCGCUGAGGAGAAGGGUUGAAGGGGAAGCGCGUCUGUUGGGUAUGCGGGCGCGAUGGAGGCUGCGCAGCGGAAAGCACAACAUCGCCCCUUCUGCUUCAGUGUGAAAGGCCACGUGAAGAUGCUGCGGCUGGCACUAACUGUGACAUCUAUGGCCUUUUUUAUCGUCGCACAAGCCCCUGAACCAUACAUUGUUAUCACUGGAUUUGAAGUCGCCAUUAUUUUCUUUUUCAUAAUUUUAUAUAUACUCAGACUUGAUCGAUUAAUGAAGUGGUUAUUUUGGCCUUUACUUGAUAUUAUCAACUCACUGGUAACAACAGUAUUCCUGGUCAUCAUAUCUGUGUUGGCACUAAUACCAAAAACUACAACAUUGAUAGUUGUUGGAGGGGAUCUUAUCAACAGUAUCAUUUCAGCUGUGUUCCUUUUAGUAGUUGCCAUCUUGACUAUGCGAGAAAAGGAAAGAAGGCAUUUAUUCUAUGUUGGAGGGACCCUGUGUCUCGCAGCGGCAAUCGCGUGUGUCAUCGAUGCGUUUGUGGUCACCAAGUGGAUGAGGAAUAACGUGAAAAGUGUCCUGGGAGUCAAAUAUGAAACCAAGAGCUCCCCUGACCAGGUGCCCAGCUGAUGUCCGCGCUGAAGCCAGCCCCAGCACCCUCACGGAUAUGCGUGUCUGUGUCACAUCACUCCCUCCACGCCCACCCUGAGCUCACGUGCUGUCACCCAUUCCAGCCUACAUGUGACCAUAAAAUCAGGGCUGCUAAGUCGGGAACACUUUUGCUUCCUCGUGUUGCCUUGUGUAAAUGUCGCGUUAUGUUUUCAUGUGCACGACGCGGCGCCGGGGAGCUCAGAGCGCGCUGCCUCAGGAGGUGGUGGUGAGGGCCGGACCGGGUUCCAGCCAACCAGGCCUGAAGGCGGGAGCUGGGGCUACAGACCUGACGCCCCCGCGCGAGGCCUCGCUAGGACUGGAGGGGAGCUCCGCACGUAGGUGGGACUUGGCGGGGGCUCCUGCGCGGAGAGUGGGUGGAUCGGGCCCCCUGCUGGGUAGGUGAGACCAGCACCGGGCCUCGAGGUGAGGCGGCCGCGCGCAAAGAACGCGCGGGCGUUGGCAUUCGCUGGUCCUGGCAGUUGGCUGGGCGCAGCCUCCGAUCAGGCCGGUGAACACCAGGCUCUCUUGUUGGCCGGCGCUGUCCAGAGACAGCCGGAGACGGUAGGCAGGCUGUGAGACGCCCGGAUUCCCACGAAGCGAUGG